AUGACGAUAAAGCAAAAAUCAAACUUCAUUAUAAUUGUUGCAGACGACUUGGGCUUCACCGACUUAAGCGCAUUCGGAGGAGAAAUUGACACUCCAAAUUUGCAUAAAUUGGCGCUCAAUGGUCUCAGAUUCACCGACUUUCACACGGCUUCGGCAUGUUCACCAACUCGGUCAAUGCUUCUCUCAGGCACUGACAACCAUAUCGCAGGGUUGGGGCAGAUGGCAGAAUUUGCAAGAAACCAUCCUGAUAUCUUCGGAGGGAAGCCGGGCUACGAGGGCUACUUGAAUUAUAGAGUUGCCGCCUUGUCUGAGAUUUUAGAGGAUUCUGGCUACUACACUUUUCAAAGCGGGAAGUGGCAUUUGGGGCUUACUCCUGAAUAUUGGCCCUCCAAGAGAGGGUUCCAGAAGACGUUCACCUUGUUGGCUGGUGCCGGCAACCACUACAAGUACUUUCCAAUUGACUCAGAGAAUGGCGGUCCUGCCAAAUUUAUGGCCCCAUUAUUCCAGGAGAACGGUGAAAGUAUUGACCCUUACACACUUCCCGAGAACUACUACAGCAGUGAUUACUUCACAGAUAGAUUUUUAGACUUUUUAGGCGAUGACGAGCAGAGGAAACAACGCCCGUUCUUUGGUUUUUUGACGUACACGGCACCUCACUGGCCAUUCCAGGCGCCAGAGGAUUUGAUAGCAAAAUAUAAAGGAAAAUAUGACGGGGGUCCAGAGGUUUUGAGGAGAGAGCGCUUAGACAGAGCCUUAAAAUUGGGAAUUAUCCCAGACGGAAUUGUUCCUCAUGAGGUCGUCACUCAAAGGGAUAAAGCCUGGAAAGACUUGACCGAGCACGAAAGAAAGGUCGAGAGCCGAAUCAUGGAGACUUACGCCGCUAUGGUCGAUUCAUUGGACCAGAACAUUGGACGGGUCGUAGAAAGGCUAGAAAAGACCGGAGAGCUCGACAACACUUUUAUUCUUUUCAUGUCUGACAACGGUGCCGAGGGAAUGAUGAUGGAGGCUCUUCCUCUCCAAAACCAGAACUUUCAACGAAAUAUAGAGAAGCACUACAACAACCAAUAUGAUAAUAUCGGCAAGAAAACUUCCUUCGUCUGGUAUUCCGAUCAAUGGGCCCAGGCGGCAACUGCACCAGCAUACAUGUACAAAAUGUGGGCAAGUGAAGGAGGCAUCCGUUGUCCCUUGAUAAUCCACCAUCCAAACGCAAUUCCACAACAAAACAGGGGAAAUAUCAAACAUGGAUUUGCAACAGUGAUGGAUAUCCUUCCUACAGUAUUGGACUUGGCAGAAAUAGAACAUCCAGGAACGCAGUUCCGAGGUAGACAAGUUGUGAAGCCAAGAGGUCUUUCCUGGAAAAGCUAUAUCAAAGGCGAAGCUGACUUUGCCCACGAUGAGAAUUCGGUGACAGGUUGGGAGCUUUUCGCACAACAAGCCAUCAGGAAGGGCAAAUGGAAGGCAUUAUACAUCCCCAAGCCUAUGGGACCUGAAAAGUGGCAGUUGUUCGAUUUAAAGGCUGAUCCUGGUGAGACAAAGGACUUGGCUGAAAGCGAGCCCGACAUCCUUGCAGAAUUACUUGACCAUUGGAGUCAGUAUGAGGCAGAAACAGGUUUAGUCAAAUUCGGUGCUGAACUUUACCACGAUAGCACCUAUAAUCCCCAGGUGUUGUAUCAAUAA